UCGGAGGCAGGCCUGGACUUGAUGACAAUGCCGAUCCUCAUACAUUUCUGAUCCUUCCAUUUGUUUCACCGGGAAUCUACCCAGACUACUCUACAUAAGGCUUUUGCUACACACCGGGCUGCAUUUCCUACUGCCGUUCCGAAGUCGGCCCUAAUUCCUCAUGCAAGACUUUCGUCCUUCACAUACCAAGUACGGACAGCGCUGCAGCAGUUCAUGAGUCAUGGCGCUUGACGACAGCCACGACAGUGACCUGACUGUGUUCGGACUUGUGCUCAGAAGUGGAACUGGAACCGGAAUUGGACCAGAUGGCUACCGAUGCCGGAACCAGCAAGAUCAGGCGCAGGCGCAAAGGGGGACCCGAAAGAUGCAGACCGAGACCCAGACCUCCGCGCCUGCGAUCGGGAAGUUCGAAUUCGUCAUGAUGGGAUCGCAUGGAGGGCUCAACAAGGAAGGAAUCAGUCAGAUUAGGGCGCAUACAACCAGGGAGCUUCACAAAGCUAGACGAAGUUCCGGACAGACUUUGCCUCGACGACGUCGAGAUGGGCCUGGGAACAUAUUUUUCGGAUCUCAUAUUGACGCUUUUCAGGCGCUGCCUCAAUUGCGCCUGGAGAUCUAUAAGCCUGGGAUCUUUGACGAGGUUAAAUGCAACCUAUUUCACGUGUUCGACCAAAGACUAAUGAGAGAGUCGGUAUGGCCGCUUGGAGCCAGAGACAACGCAUUCUUUGCUGGAAUGAUGCUCAUGUGCUCAGUACACUUGGACAGCAUGAACUUUGACAAACCUUCGCCAGUUACGACGGCCCUCAAACUUGAAGCCAUGAGGCUUGUGAGAGAAAGGAUCGGAAGUUCUUCAGCUGAUGUGAUUAUUGGGUGCAUCUCGGCGAUCGCGUGUCUGGCGAGUUGCGCAUUGGUAAGUCCACCUGAUUUGUCGCACAUGGCGGCUGACGUUCGAAAUCAAGGUACGCGGCGAAUUUGGCGGUGCGAAUGAAUACAAAGUUCACCGGAAGGCGUACGUCGUGCUCAUCAAUGAGAUCUUUCGACAACAAAAGUUCGAAACGUCGAGGUUCUACAAAGACGUAUUGAAGAUCAUCACCAU